CUUCCUCCCUCUCUGCUCCUCUUUCUCAGUGUUUUCAGCCUUGGCAAGUGCUGCAUAUCUGACAUUUCUAGCUCCAGCUCUUACCAGCUCCAUCGACAUCUGCAAGAGAGAAAAGGGAAAGAGAGGACAAGAGAAACCAGAGCGUGCCUCCAGCAUCGACAGCCGGAGUGAACCGCCUCAGCUCCUGAACCCCAGAAGAUCUACAGAUCCACCUCCCAGUCGCCCUCAUGGAGCGUGUCCAGCACAUGACAAAGUCGGCCAUCCGUCGAGCAUCUCAGAUCGAGGUGACCCCUCAGGCCAAGAGGAACCUGCAGGAGCUGUUUGUCAACUUCACACUCAUCCUCAUCUGCCUGCUUCUCAUUUACAUCAUCGUCCUGCUGAGCAGCUGAGCGCAGAAGGGACACAUGGCAGAGCUCACGCACUGAACGAGGAGAUUUUCUGAUGAAGAUUUUUCUAAAUAGGUCAAUAUAGUAAUAUUUCUAUUAUUUAAUCCAAAGAAAUCCAUUAGUUCAACCAUGGCUUGUCUGAUUUGUCUGUAUGCACAGCAUUAUUCUACAUACACUGUGUAUAAGCAAUAUUGAACAUGAUGCACAUAAGAUGGAAAACAUUAAUCAUAUGAGGUUACUUCCUGUUACAUCACUUGCACUGACCUUUUUAUUGUCUGCACUGACUGAGAGACAUGAACUUCACAGCUGCUAUCGUUAACAAUAUAAACACACAGCAGCCAGUUUGAUUUGAUAUGAUGGCUGAUUCCUAAUUAUUUUAACCCUUAAACACUCUUCUACACCUGCUCCUGCGCGUCCUAGAAAUGGCUGCAAAAGCAUCAUAGAUUGAUUUUAUUUUUCACACCAGACAUCUUUUUAAAACUUCAGGGUUCAAUAUCUUUAUUGCAUAUUUAUAUUUGUGAAGUUUAAACUCAUUAAAGGCCAAUAUGUUUACAGAA